CCAGCCACUAAUAAACACACCCUUCUUUUCUUGCCCUUCUAGUCUCUCUCCUAACCCUAUCUCCCCCGGCUCCUCUCUCUCUCUCUGUCUCUCUCUCCCAUGUGGGCACCAUGGUUAAGAUCACCAAGCAGGGUCCGUACCACAUCAAAGCCAUCCCCACUAAAUUUCUCUUGCUCAUCCUUCAAAGACAUCCAAACCCUCUGCGAUGAAGAAUCCAAAUCCAAUCCCGAACCCAAAUCCCCAAAGUCGCCAUCCAUUUUCCACCGGGUCCGGGUCUCCGCCUCAGUCCUCCGCGCCUUGGCCCGCCGCAAUGCAACUCCACCACCAUCCCCUGCCCAGUCAUCACAACCGUCCAUCACACUCCCCGGCGCUGAUCAACGCAUCGUGCUCUACUUCACGAGCCUCCGCGUCGUACGCAAGACCUUCGAGGACUGCAGGACCGUUAGAUCGAUUCUCCAAGGCUUCCACCUCCCGAUCGACGAGCGAGAUGUAUCGAUGGACGCCCAGUUCUUAGACGAGCUGCAGGAGAUCAUAGGGUAUCAGAAGUUUAGCCUACCUUUAGUUUUCAUUGGUGGGAGAUACAUCGGUGGGGCCGAGGAAAUCAGACAGCUGCAUGAGAAUGGGGAGUUGAAAAAAUUAAUCGCGCGGUUGCCGGUGGUGGACCCGAAUGCGUGUGAUCUAUGUGGAGGGCUUAGAUUCAUUGUAUGUGAACGGUGUGAUGGGAGCCACAAGGUGUACGUAGAGAAAAUCGGGUUCAGGAGCUGCACGGUUUGCAAUGUGAACGGUCUGAUCCGGUGUCCUUCUUGUUCUUCGGUGCUCCGGCGCACCCCAAGAAAUAAAUAAAAGUUUCUUUUGGUCUUUUUAAGCAACAGAGAGUUGCUUAAGUUAAGGCUGUUAAUUA